CAUAUUCCACCCCACGUACCAAGCAACCUGGCCAUCUCUCUCUAUCUCCCACACACACACAAUAGCACAAAUAUGUAAUACAAAUAUAAAGUAUUAAGUAAGGGAGGAUAUAAGGCUGUUAGCCCAGACGUUUGCAUCAAUCGCAGGUGUGAGGUCUGUCCAAACCCUCCUACUCCAUCUCUAACGGAAAAUACUUUUCAUCUCUCACCGAAUCCUUCCUUAUAUUCUACAGCGAGCAAGCUAGCCAGGGAUCUUCUACCUGCUCUAGCUAUAUAUCUCCCUCCCGGCCCUAUCUGAUCUCGUGAUUGCUUCCUUCCUAUCCCCACUCUCGAUCAUCUCCUUCAUUCGAUCAAUUGAUCGAAGCAGUUGAAGAGAUUGAGGAUAUCUGAUACCAACAGUGGCAAAUUAAUUGGCUAUAACUAGCUAGGCAGCUUGAUCUACAACUGUGGAUCUGCAACUGUGAUUUCUUCGAUCAAUCGGUCUUGGCUUCUUAGUUCGUUGUGAUUAGUAUACAGGUCGUGUGAUCGAUUGAUUCUCAAUCGAUUGCGAGAAAGAAUAUAUACAAGAUGUGCAGCAGUACAAGAGGGCACUGGAGGCCAGCUGAAGACGAGAAGCUUAGGGAGUUGGUGGAACGAUAUGGACCUCAUAACUGGAACGCAAUUGCAGAAAAGCUCCAAGGAAGAUCAGGAAAGAGCUGUAGGUUAAGAUGGUUCAAUCAGUUGGACCCGAGAAUCAACAGAAACCCUUUUAGCGAAGAGGAAGAAGAGCGUCUUCUAGCUUCUCAUCGCAUCCAUGGAAAUAGAUGGGCUGUUAUUGCAAGGCUUUUUCCCGGACGCACCGACAAUGCAGUCAAGAACCAUUGGCAUGUCAUUAUGGCUCGCAGAUGCAGAGAGAGGUCUAGGCUUCACCAUCAUCUUCACUCAAAAGGGAUGACUAGGACUUCUACUAACAAUAGUACUCCUCACCAUCAAGUAUUAAUGAGUUCCAUUAAUCAUGAUGAAUUAUCAAAAUCCUCUUCAAAUUAUAAACAAGACUUGCAGAUGAUCCUCAAUUGUCGACAGGAGACGAUGAAUGACAAUUCUUACAUUGGGAAUUACUGCAGUGCUACUGAAAGAAAUUUUCACUAUUAUCCUGCUGCUUUUACUCACAAUACUACUCUAGCUCCUUUAAUUCCAAACAAAGAUCAGUUUUAUCCCAAUACCAUGCACCAAGAUAAAAAUCGUGAGCCAAUUGAGUUUUAUGAUUUUCUCCAAGUAAACACAGAGUCUAAUAGAAGUGAAGUGAUAGACAUUAAUUCAAGAAAGGAUGAAGAGGAGGUUGAUCAGCUGGAAGCUAUCAGACAUGAACAGACCAAGGCAGCUGGUGCUCCUUUUAUAGAUUUCUUCUCUGGUGGAAGUGUUACUAGCUAAAAGUAAUAUUGGCACAUACAUAACUGUAUCUUGAUCAUGAUGAAGAUGAUCAACGACAUCUCCAUCGAUCAGUGUAAAACUGUCACUUACAUAAAUUAAGCCUAACUAUGUGUAACUAGUUCCAUCUUACCAGAUGUAUGUACGUAACUGAUUGCCUCAAUGCACAGAAAUCCUAUUUAAAGAGAGAUCUGUAGCAUCUAAGGGCAUGCAUGCAUACGUGUGCUUAAUCAAUAGCCUCAAUGGAGAAACUCUGGGUAACUGGGUUAAUGUAUGACACCUGAACUUCAGAGAGUU